ACCGAUCAUGAGCCAUUAUCAGCCCUGAAGAAAUUUAAGGAUUACUCGGGCAUGAUCGGGAGAUGGGCAACAGUGCUACAGAGCAUGGACUUUGACAUUCGUUAUCGGAAGCACGAGAGGCACGAGAAUGCUGACGGGUUGACACGACUGCACCAACCCGAGAAGGUCCCCAAGAGCGAGGAAGUGAUUCCUUGGAACGAUCCGAAGGAUGAGAACGGGCCGCGGUACGGGCAAGUGGAAAUUUUGUCGAAGGAGCCUCGCCAGCUAAUUGUCCAGGAACUCGUCGUCCCGCUCGCGCAACUGGUCGACGACCUCGCUCUCGAUAUUGUUUCGCAAAGUGACGAGAGUCCGGCUCCGCACGUCCUUACACGGACAUUGGCGCCGUAUCUUCAGUGGACUGCGUGCUUGGAGGAACCGGGAAGUGAAAGCGCCCUGCCAUCGCGGCAGGAGUACUUGAAGCCGUCCGAAAUCAUCAAUCUCGCCUUCUAUCCGAAGCAAGAUACAUCCGAGGAGGCAGGAAAAAAAAAAGUCCCUGAAAAAGAGGACGACGCCGAAGAAGAAACGUCGGAGGAACGGAGUUAUAGUGAGCACAGCGAAGGGGAGCAGAGUGUAGAGGAGGAAGAGGAAGAAGGAGAAGAAGAAGACGGCGAAGAGGAGGAAGACGGAUCGGAGUGGGAAGCCUUGCUGGAAGAAGCGGCGCGCACAGGCACGGAGGCGGAAGAUCCCGAGGCGGCAUGUAAGAGGGAAUUGAUCACGGUCGGGAAAAGCCAGCUAGAGUUCACCAGCGAGGCGAACCUGCGCAUCAAUGACGACCCGACCCGGGAUCCUGAGCCCCCGAAGCCCGAAGAUGGCGAUCCAGCAACCGCGGCUCUGAGCGCAUCGUGACGGAGACGGAGCCGAUCCCUCUCACUUUUCACCUCAGCCCGUCCCCCAGUUCGUCCACGUACCGA